UUAAAUGUUGUUUUUAAAAAAAUAGCCUGCUGGACUUUUGAGCCGGAUUUAAAUCCUAGCUGUUACUUAAGUUGCUUUGUGACCUUUGAUAAAUCGGAGUCUGUUUCCACAGUAAAAUGGUGAUAAGAAUAUCUCUUUGUAGAAUUAUCUUGAGCAUUAGAGAUAUAAAAUGCCAUCCCCAUAAAAUACCACUGAGAACCAUUAACUAUUUUCUCUUAUUGGGUCUGCGUGCGUAUGAAAGAACCAGGACUUGUCUGUAUUUUGAAAGCUCAGGUGCGUAGAGUUGCGUGGGGUGGAAGUUAUAUGCUGGAAGAAUUGCAUGCAUGUAUAUCAUUUUUGCCUUCGAAGUUGUUAAGGGUGUCACACACCCUUCAAGGUGAAAGAAGUCUCAAGGAUAAGUGGGCGAGCGGUGUCCUUAAGGUUGACGGAGAUCCAAGUGAGACUAAGAGCUCUCAAAAGUGGCUCUAGCGGUCCUUGCUUUGUGCACACGGUAGAAUUGCUCUUUGAUUUGUGGUCACGGGCAUUUUCUACAAGGCAUGUCAUUUCUGGGCUUUUCAAUUUCAGUCUGGCUUUGAAACCUUUCAUCAAAGCGUGGCACCCCAUUUCCAAUUUCUUCAUACCAGGCUGGCCUGUCUGCACAUCUUCUUUUCCUUUCCUGGCUCCAUCUUGGUGAAUCGACCACUUGUAUUCCUUUACCCGUCUUUUCUUUUACAAGCCCUGGCACUCACAGCAAAGUCCAUGUGCCCUGGGUGUCCAGAGAGUAGCAGAGAAUUGAAGUUCAUGUUUGGAUUCCCCUCUGUGGAAUUUCCCCCUCCUCCUGUGUUUCCAGUCCCUUCUAAUCCUGAUGCCCAGUAUACUGAUAGUUUGUUAAAAAUUCCAAAGUUAGUUCUUCCCCAGUGUGUUGUUGGGCUUGCCAAAGAAGUAAGUCCCAGAUGUCUGUUCUCAAGAAAUAUACAAUUCAGUGAGAAUUAGGCAACAUUAGGGCUUCCAUAAAGUUUUCCCAGGACACACUUUGUUCCCUGGACCCCCUCUCCAAUGUGCCCUUAAACCUCAACGUGUUUGUUUGAAUUCAUUUGAGUUUCCCCCCUGACAAAGAUUCUCCUCACUGAGGAAUGGAAUUAAAACCACACACACGUACCAAUUGUCUACACUUAAAAACUAUCCAAACACCCAGCAACAGUUAUGAGGUUGCUUCUAAACCAGCAGAGACUUUCGUGUUUCAUAAAGUUGUGUUCCGUGCAAAGCAAAGCUUUGUCUUUCGUAACUGCUUGUCUUUAGGAACCUGCCUGUCUAGAAGGGGGGGCCUCUGAGUAUUGUUUGCUACAAACAAAUAGCUUCUAACGCUUCUGCAAACCCUUUUGGCAGGAGCAUAGAAUCCAUAAUCCAGGGAUUAAGAGCUAGCAUUGUGGCCUGGGGUUUGGUGAGUUAUAGCUAGAUCUACCUAGGACCAAAAAAAAAUAAGUUGGGUAGUAAAUCAUUAGGGAUUUGUUUUUCCAACAGACUAGGUGAUUGAGGGUUAUGUCUUGUUUUAGGGAGGCCAUUCUACUUAUUAAGAUACUGUAUUAAAGCAAGUGUCCUUGAAUAUCAUAGUUUUUCUUUUAGCUUUUUCAAUUAAUUAUUUAAUACCGGUUACAAUCAAGUCACGGUUCUGGAUCUCCUUUUACUCCUGUGUGUGUGGUUUUUUUUCUUUAAUUUUCAGUUUUAAACUAAUUAUUUUUUAGAAUUUGGUAAUGUGUGCGCGUUGUACAAUAGGUUAUACGUUGAAAAAUAACUCUUCCUCCCCUCUCCUUGCCUCCGCCCCUGAUCCUCCUCAGACUCUGUACCAGUUUCUUAUGCCUUCUCCCAGAGCCCGUCCAUGUAUAUACAAGUAGCUAUGGGGAUAAUACUCCUUUGCUCACAAAUAGUGCUAGCAUGCUGUGAUAGAACGAACUUUGGUGACUUUCCCAACGAACUACAGCUCCUUGUAUUUAAGCCCUUAUAUAAUUCCUUCCCGUACUGACUGAGCUUGGCCAUGUGCCUGGCUGUGGCCAAUGGUGAAUUAGCAAAUGUGAUGCGAGCAGAGGCUUGGUAAGCGCUUGCAUACUGGGACUUGUUCUCUGGGAAUGUUCACUAUUGUGACACUCCCUCUCGGAACCCAGAAACCACCAGCUGUGAGGUACCCAGCCUAGCCACGUGGAGAGGCUCCAUGGAAGAGAACUGAGGUCUCUGCUGACAGCUUCCAGACAGUCACCGACAUCAACCUGCCAGCCAUGUCGCGGACAAACCAUCUUCUUGGAAGCGGAACCUCCAGUCUCACUGAGGCCGCCCCAGACGAUGCCAUGAGGAGCAGACAAGCCUUCCCCGCUGAGCCCUGUCCAAAUUGAAAAACUAUCCUGUCUAAACAUUCUUUGCCCGCUCGUGUCUGGGAGCCAGCAAUGCAGCAGAAGCAGAGUUUCGCCUUUGACAAUGUUGGCUACGAGGGUGGUCUGGACAGCGUGUGCCCCUCUCAGACGACCACCGGCACCAUCAGCAUUUCGGGCAUGACUUGCCAGUCGUGUGUAAAGUCUAUCGAGGGCAGGAUUUCGAGUUUGAAAGGCAUCGUGAGCAUUAAGGUUUCCCUGGAACAAGGCAGCGCGACUGUGAUCUAUGUGCCGUCGGUCCUGAGCCUGCCGCAGGUUUGCCGUCACAUCGAGGACAUGGGCUUCGAGGCCAGCAUCACAGAAGGAAAGGCCGCCUCCUGGCCCUCGAGAUCCUCGUCUGCCCUGGAGGCCACGGUCAAGCUCCGGGUGGAGGGCAUGACCUGCCAGUCCUGUGUCAGCUCCAUCGAAGGCAGGCUGGGGAAGCUGCAAGGGGUAGUGAGGGCCCGAGUCUCCCUUGGCACCCAGGAGGCAGUCAUUACUUACCAGCCUUAUCUCAUUCAGCCCCAAGACCUCAGGGACCACGUAAACGACAUGGGAUUCGAAGCUGUCAUCAAGAACAGAGUGGCACCCGUAAGCCUGGGACCAAUUGAUAUUGGGCGGUUACAGAGGACCAACCCAAAGACCCCUUUGAUGUCUGGUACCCAGAAUCUCAAUAACUCUGAGACCUUGGGGCACCAAGGGAGCCGUGUGGUCACCCUGCAACUGAGAGUAGAUGGAAUGCACUGUAAAUCUUGUGUCCUGAAUAUUGAAGAAAAUAUAGGCCAACUCCCAGGGGUUCAAAGUAUUCAAGUGUCCUUGGAGAACAGAAUUGCCCAAGUACAGUUUGACCCUUCUCGUGUCACCCCCGGGGCCCUGCAGAGGGCCAUUGAGGCUCUUCCUCCUGGGAACUUUCAAGUUUCUCUUCCUGAUGGAGCAGCGGGGAGUGGCACCGAUAACAGGCCUUCCACGCAUCUCGCCUCCGCCCCCGCCCCCGCCCCUGCCCAGGGAACCCGGAUGCAGGGCCUGUGCAGUACCGUGGUGCUUGCCAUUGGUGGCAUGACCUGUGCGUCCUGCGUCCAGUCCAUUGAAGGCCUGCUCUCCCGCAGGGAAGGGGUGCGGCGGGUAUCAGUCUCUCUGACUGAAGGGACUGGAGUGGUGCUCUAUGAUCCCUCUGUAAUUAACCCGGAAGGACUCCGAGCUGCUGUUGAAGAAAUGGGAUUCAAGGCAUCAGUCGUUUCUGAAAACUGUUACAGCAACCAUGUUGGCAACCGCAGCGCAGGUAAUUCCACAGUGCACACCACAGCUGGCGGACCUGUGUCUGUGCAGGGAACGGCUCCCCAUGCUGGGGGGCUCCCUAAGAACCACAACCCCGGCAGCUCGUCCAAGUCCCCGCAGGCCUCUACAGCAGUGGCACCGCAGAAGUGCUUUUUACAGAUCACAGGCAUGACCUGUGCAUCCUGUGUGUCUAACAUAGAGAGAAACCUUCAGAAAGAGGCAGGUAUUCUCUCGGUGCUGGUCGCCUUGAUGGCUGGAAAGGCAGAGGUUAAGUACAAUCCGGAAGUCAUCCAGCCGCUGGAGAUAGCUCAGCUCAUCCAGGACUUGGGCUUUGAGGCUUCGGUAAUGGAAAACUACACAGGCUCAGAUGGUGACCUCGAGCUGAUCAUCACGGGCAUGACCUGUGCAUCCUGUGUUCACAACAUAGAGUCCAAACUCACCAGAACGAACGGCAUCACCUACGCCUCUGUGGCCCUUGCCACCAGCAAAGCCCACGUGAAGUUUGAUCCUGAAAUGAUUGGUCCGCGGGAUAUUGUCAAGAUUAUCGAGGAAAUCGGCUUUCAUGCUUCCCCGGCCCAGAGAAACCCCAACGUGCAUCACUUGGACCACAAGGUGGAAAUAAAGCAGUGGAAGAAGUCUUUUCUGUGCAGCCUGAUGUUUGGCAUCCCUGUUAUGGGUUUAAUGAUCUAUAUGUUGGUGCCCAGCAACGAGCCCCACGAGACAAUGGUCCUGGACCACAACAUCGUUCCAGGACUGUCCAUUCUAAAUCUCAUCUUCUUUAUCCUGUGCACCUUCGUCCAGCUCCUUGGAGGGUGGUACUUCUACAUCCAGGCCUACAGAUCUCUGCGGCACGGGGCGGCCAACAUGGACGUGCUCAUCGUGCUGGCCACGAGCAUCGCCUAUACCUACUCAGUCAUCAUCCUGGUGGUGGCCGUGGCUGAGAAGGCGGAGAGAAGCCCCGUGACCUUCUUUGACACCCCCCCCAUGCUCUUUGUGUUCAUUGCCCUGGGCCGGUGGCUGGAACACGUGGCGAAGAGCAAAACCUCAGAAGCCCUUGCCAAACUCAUGUCUCUCCAAGCCACGGAAGCCACCGUUGUGACCCUUGGCGAGGACAACUUGAUCAUCAGAGAGGAGCAAGUACCCAUGGAGCUGGUGCAGCGGGGCGACGUCAUCAAGGUCGUCCCCGGCGGAAAGUUCCCGGUGGAUGGGAAAGUCCUGGAGGGCAGUACCAUGGCUGACGAGUCCCUCAUCACAGGAGAAGCCAUGCCUGUCACUAAGAAACCCGGAAGCACAGUGAUUGCUGGGUCUAUAAACGCACAUGGCUCUGUGCUCAUUAACGCCACCCACGUGGGCAAUGACACCACUUUGGCUCAGAUUGUGAAAUUAGUAGAAGAGGCUCAGAUGUCAAAGGCACCCAUUCAGCAACUGGCUGACCGGUUUAGUGGAUAUUUUGUCCCAUUUAUCAUCAUCAUUUCAACGUUGACGUUGGUGGUAUGGAUUAUAAUCGGUUUUAUCGAUUUUGGUGUUGUUCAGAAAUACUUUCCUACCCCCAACAAGCACAUCUCCCAGACAGAGGUGAUCAUCCGGUUUGCGUUCCAGACAUCCAUCACGGUGCUCUGCAUUGCCUGCCCCUGCUCGCUGGGCUUGGCCACACCCACGGCGGUCAUGGUGGGCACCGGGGUGGCCGCCCAGAAUGGCAUCCUCAUCAAGGGAGGCAAGCCUCUGGAAAUGGCCCACAAGAUAAAGACUGUGAUGUUUGACAAAACUGGCACCAUUACCCACGGGGUCCCCAAGGUCAUGAGGGUCCUCCUGCUCGUGGAUGUGGCCACGCUGCCCCUCAGGAAGGUUCUUGCUGUGGUGGGGACUGCGGAGGCCAGCAGCGAGCACCCCCUGGGUGUGGCAGUCACCAAGUACUGUAAAGAGGAGCUGGGAACAGAGACCUUGGGGUACUGCACAGACUUCCAGGCGGUGCCAGGCUGCGGAAUUGGCUGUAAAGUCAGCAACGUGGAGGGCAUCCUGGCCCACGGCAAGCGCCAAUGGAGCACACAGGCUGGGAUCUCGAACGGCGUUGGCGGUGUCCCUGAGGAGACAGAUGCAACCCCCCAGACCUUCUCUGUGCUGAUUGGGAACCGCGAAUGGAUGAGGCGCAACGGCUUAACCAUUUCCAGCGACAUCAGUGACACUAUGACAGAUCACGAGAUGAAAGGCCAGACAGCCAUCCUGGUGGCCAUUGAUGGCGUGCUCUGCGGGAUGAUUGCCAUCGCGGAUGCUGUCAAGCAGGAGGCAGCCCUGGCCGUGCACACGCUGAAGAGCAUGGGCGUGGACGUGGUUCUGAUCACUGGGGACAACCGGAAGACGGCCAGAGCCAUUGCCACCCAGGUUGGCAUCAACAAAGUCUUUGCAGAGGUGCUGCCUUCUCACAAGGUAGCCAAGGUCCAGGAGCUCCAGAAUGAAGGGAAGAGAGUCGCCAUGGUGGGAGAUGGGGUCAACGACUCGCCAGCCUUGGCCCGGGCCGACGUGGGCAUUGCCAUCGGGACAGGCACAGAUGUCGCCAUUGAGGCUGCUGACGUUGUCCUCAUCAGAAACGACUUGCUUGACGUGGUGGCGAGCAUUCACCUCUCCAAGAGGACCGUCUGGAGAGUACGACUCAAUCUGGUGCUGGCAUUGAUUUAUAAUCUGAUCGGGAUACCCAUCGCGGCAGGGGUCUUCAUGCCCAUCGGCAUUGUGCUACAGCCGUGGAUGGGCUCAGCAGCCAUGGCGGCCUCCUCCGUGUCUGUGGUUCUCUCGUCGCUGCAACUCAAGUGCUAUAAGAAGCCCGACCUGGAGAGGUAUGAGGCCCAGGCCCAGGGCCGCAUGAAGCCCCUGACUGCGUCCCAGGUCAGCGUGCACGUUGGCAUGGAUGACCGGCGACGGGACUCACCGAGGGCCACGCCCUGGGACCAGGUCAGCUACAUCAGCCAGGUGUCUCUGUCCUCACUGAAGUCGGACAGGCUGUCUCGGCACAGUGCUGGGGCUGACGACAAUGGGGACAAAUGGUCUCUGCUCCUGAAUGACAGAGAUGAGGAGCAGUGCAUCUGAAAGCUCCGGGCGGGGACGGUCCCGGGGCUCGGUCUCCUUGCUGAAUAGUCGGGCCGGCUUUCCUGGUAGACGGGGCUCGGGCCGGUCAAGUGUGGCACCAGCAGCAAGACGGACGAGGCUCCUGUCCGGCCUCGGGGACUUCCGCUCCCUGGACAUUCCUGGUCAUCUCUCCUAGCACAUGCCGCAUCCAGACGUGGCCCCUGGGUCGGCCCACCCUGCCUAGAUCCCACUAGCACAGGGACCAGGCAUCCUGGCCAGACCCUGCUGUUGGCACGAGCUUAUCGGGAACGUGGCUGGACUCUCGCAGAGGAGGGGACAGCCAGCCCUCCACACAGGCCUCUGCUUUUGUGUUUGGGAUGAUUGCUUGUAAAAGGACCAAAAACUUGGCUGGGCCUUUCCUUAAAACUCAUGAAAAGCCGUGAGUUUUUACAAGACCCACAUGCAUCGAGUGUCUGAGACCGCAGUUUACCUCAAAUGCACCCCAUUGACUUCUGCCGGCACGGUUUCUUCCUUUUCUGUUCUUCACACUGGGGAUGUGCCGCCCCCUCCCCCCCCCCCCAAGCCCUGCCCGGUCUCUGAGGGCAUGGCUGAUGCCGUAGUGAUCCCUGCUGCUGCUCCCGGGCACCUCUGCCAGACUCUGCUCCCUCACAUGCUUGGCCGGAGAGCCUGCCAUGCUUCUCUUCAGGUUGAGGAGAACUUUCUUUCUCGCUAGUGUGCCGCUUGGCCACAGAGUCCUGGCCACGUGCUCAGCGGCCACGGUGGCCUCCUCCGUGUCUGUGGUUCUCUCGUCGCUGCAGCUCAAGUGGUGAGUCCCGUGGGGCGGGAGCGUGCACCACAGGCGGCACCCACUGGGCUGUCUCCCCCACAGAAUGGCCUGCUGUUGUGGAUUGUCGCUGCCCCACUGGAGGGAGGGUCUCAGAGCCUGAGACCUGAGAAAUUCUGCUCCCUGUGGGGUCCAGGCACUUGGGACCCUGGGAGGCCUGUGGUGCUUGAAAUGGGUGUCCCACGGGGAGGUGUGUGCGCUCACAGGAACCUCCUUGCAGGCCUCCGGGAGCUUCAAAUUACAUGGUCUGCUGCGUGACCGUCACCUCGUGGCAUUCAUUCAGAACUCCUGCCAGGCGUGCCCCUGGUGGUGUGCAACUCCAAGCAAACAAGGAUACCCAAAUCAGAGGAAAUCAGUUAUUCUCCAUGAGCUCCUACUUCUGCACCCUGAGUCAGUGCCUUAGGAAAGGAGUCACCACACCUUCCCCAAGGGAAAGUCUUUCACACUUUGAGUGGCUCUUUGUGGUGGGGCAGGAAUGGGGCCAGUUUUAGACUCUAAAGUCGGUGGUAGUUGACAGAACUACAUGGGAGUAGACGAGUAGGAUGAAAUAAAUUUUAAGGUAGAGCCCUGAUCGCAUACACAGAAUAAUUUUAUUUAUUGAGUAUCAGUUAUUUUUCAGGGACAAUAUAAGCACUUUCUAUAGGUUACCUCUAAUCCUCCCAGCAUACCAGCAAAGUAGAUACUAUUGUCCACAUUUUAUAGGCGGGGCAGUAGGCCCAGAGAGGCUACGUAUCCUGUCCAGGAUCACACAGCCAGCACACUUGCCAAAACGGGGAUCCAAAUCCAUGUCUCUUGGCUCUGAAGUCUUUUCUUUAUUGCCGCUGCCACCCGAAUAUCAGUUUGGUAAGAAUAAAUAGGAAAAGGGCACUUGGCUCUUAGAAGAACAAAGCUGCCAGGCAAUACACUCAUUGUUAUCAACUGGGCGUGAAAUUUGACCGUGGGGUCAACUUCCUCACCUUCUCCUUGGAUGGUUUGUUUCCAUUUUCGCAUAUGAUUCCAUUCUGUUGGGUCUUGCCCUCUAAAAUGCAAGUGCAGGGUUCUGUAGUGCCUCUAUCGUUUUCAGUCUUCCUCUCCUUCCAGGCCCCUUCCCGUUCUUCCCUUCCUUUAUUCCUGGCUGUGCUUGGGAGUGUUUCUUGUUUUCUUAACUAGGUUAAUCAUUGUCUAAAGAAUCUAACUGCAUUGAUUUUUUUCAAAGGCUUUUAGGACCAUAAACAUCAUGUGUAUAUGGCCAUGAAAAUAUUUAUAUAAUUGCACAGAAUGUAACCUUUAGAUGUUCAAGGGGUAAGGAUUUUUGUGUGCGUCGGAUAAGAGCAGUCCCUAUUCCAAAAACUUUCCAUGCUGUAUUAGAAUAAAGUUUAUUUUUAUUCAUCUGAAA